AUGUUACUCUACUACUGCACCUACACUAAUCACAUACUUCACUACUCUCUCCACCUUCGGAUCAAACCCCAACUGAUCCCAUCAAACUUAUCAAACCCCCAAAUCACCGUUGAUUCUUUCACACCUAUAAUCCAACUCUCCAACAUUUUGUUUUAUGUUUAAUGUGUUCUUUUUGGUACCUUCUUAGUCAUCACUUUCCAGAGUCAAAAUCCCUAAAAAAAAAUAUAUUUCAUCUCUUACAUUUACAAUUUUUCUAGAUCCAAUUUUUUUUUCUUGGUAAUGAAUGAAUAUUGAUAAAUAGGCAUAAAAAGAUGUCAGAAAGUAAUGAUUCAGUGGAAUUAUCUCUCCAAAAUGGAGAAGAAGAAGAAGCAGAAGAAGAGAAAGAGGAACCAUCAUCAAAUGGACAUGUUGUUGAUCCUCAAAUUUACAUUAAUCAGGAACUAGAACAAGAACAAGAAGAGGUUAAUCAUGUGGAUAGUAAAGAAGAUAUGUUUGUUGAUGCAGCUGAUGAUAUUGAAGACAAUCAGUUUCAAGAAAUGGAUAAUAAUGGAGAUACUGAUAAUGAGGUUAAUCAAGAUGAUAAAGAUACUGUUUCAAAAGAGUACAAGGAAGAAAGAGAGCAAAUUUCAAAGGAAGUUGCUAAUCUUUUACACCAACUCAAGAAUUUGAGUAAUAAUGAGGAUUCAGAAGAGUUAGUAUGUGGUAGUGGUUCAUUGAAUGAGAUGAUGAGUGAGUGUUCUCAGUAUGUUAAAGUUUCUUUGGAACAGAAGUUGCAGACUGAAAACAUGAUAAGGAAGCUUCAACAACAGAUUGAAGAGCUUAACAUGAAGAUUCAAGUGGAACAGAACGUUGAUAUGGUUGCGGAUAGGGUGUUGGGUGUUCUUAAUAUGGUAGUCAAUCAAGAAGAGUUGGUGGAUUAUUCUGUUAUUGGGAAACUUGCUCAUGUUGAGAGAAGUACUUAUUUGUUAGUGGAGCAGUAUAGAUGGUUUCUUUAUGAAGUUGAUAAACUCAGGCACUGCUUGGUAGAGGGAGGUUUCAGUGUUGGGCAGCACGAGGAGUUUGGUUAUGAAUUUGCUGUUGCCCGUAAUCAGUUGCUGGAGCUUAAAAAAACAGAAGCGGAGAUGUUGGGAAAAGUAAGCUAUCUGGAAGAUGUAAAUAGGAAAUUGGUUGAGGAAGUUGAGAAGGAAAAAGAAAUGGCAGGGAUUGUGAACUCCGAAUUUGAAAAGGUAAAGAUGGAGCUUGAGCAGGAAAAGAAUAGGUAUGCUAAUACUAAAGAAAAGCUCGGUAUGGCUGUGACAAGAGGGAAGGCAUUGGUUCAGCAGCGAGAUUCACUAAAGCAGUCUCUGGCUGAGAAAACAAGUGAGCUUGAGAAAUGCUUGGUUGAAUUGCAAGAGAAGUCGAAUGUUGCUGAUUCUGCUGAGCUAUGCAGGGGGGAGUUGGCUAAAUGUGAAAACUUGGCUGCAACAUUGCAGGAAACACUUAGCCAAAGGAAUGCAGUUCUUGAAAGCUGUGAGGAAUUUCUAUCUCACACCAGUGUACCUGAGGAACUUCAAUCAUUGGAUAUUACUGAUAAAUUAAAAUGGCUUGUGAAUCAGGUUGCCUCACUGCAGGAAACAGUUUUGCAAAAUAAUGCAGUUUUUCAAACUUCUAACGAAAUAUUUUCUCAGAUUAGUAUUUCCGAGGACAUAGAGUCGAUGGAUAUGAUUGAGCGGUUGAAAGGGCUUGUAAAUUUGGUUACAUCACUGCAGGAAAUGAUAUCACAAAGAAACAAAAUUCUCAUCAGCCUUGAAGACAUGAUUUCAGAGGUCAAUGCACCUGUAGAACUUCAAUCAAUGGAUGCUGUGCAGAGAUUCAAAUGGAUUAUGGAGGAGAGAGAUGCUCUUAAGAGUAAUUUGCUGGAAUUCCACAGAUUGAAAGAUGCUUUAUCUUUAAUUGAUAUACCAGAAACUACUUCAUCUUCUGAUUUGGAAACUCGGAUAGGUUGGCUUAAGGAUUCAGUUAAACAGGCAAAAGAUGAAAUAAACAUGUUGCAAGAAGAGAUUGCUAGAACCAAGGAAGCUGCACAUAAGGAGAUUGACAGUUUAAGUGGUGCACUUUUGGCAGAGUUACAAGAAAAGGAAUAUGCUAAAAUGGAGCUGGAUGAGCUAGCACAGAAAUAUGAAGAGAUUUCUCAAGAAGCACAUCAAGCUUCAUUGGAGAAGGAUCAGAUGGUGAGGCUGUUGUUAGAGGGUUCUGGAAUAGAGGAUACUUAUUCUGAUGUGGCUACACUCGUUGAAAGAUGCUUUGGGAAGGUAAAAGAACAAAGUACUGCUUCUUCCUUUGAUGCUUCUCCUGCUGAUGCUGAGGUGUUUGAAAGAAUACAGAGUCUAUUGUAUGUCAGGGAUUUAGAAUUGAUGUUCUAUGCAAAAUUCCUCGAAGAAGAUGCACUAGUGCAAUUAGAGGUGAAUAAUCUGUCUAAUGAAUUGAGGGUGGCAUCUGUAGAACUUGCUGCACUGAAGGAGGAAAAAGACUCUCUACGGAAAACUCUUGAGCAAUCAGAAGAGAGAUCUGCUUUGUUAAAGGAAAAGUUGUCAUUAGCAGUUAAGAAAGGCAAGGGAGUGUUUCAGGAUCUAAAAAACUUGAAACUUACUCUUGAUGAUAAGAACUCAGAAAUUGAGAAGUUGAAGCUCGAACUACAACAUCAAGAAUCUGCAAUGUCUGAGUGCAGAGAUCAGAUAAGUAGAUUGUCUGCUGAUCUAGAGCAAGCCCUAAAGUUAGAGGCCGACCUUGUUGAUAUGAAAAAUCAAAGAGAUCAAUUUGAGCAAUUCUUACUGGAGAGUAACAGCAUGUUACAGAGAGUGAUUGAAUCAGUUGACCGUAUUGUACUUCCUCCAGAUUUAGAUUUUGAAGAGCCUAUAGAAAAAGUGAACUGGCUUGCAGGCUACAUGAAUGAGUGUCAGAUAGCCAAGUCCAAAGCAGAGCAAGAGUUGGGUAAUAUUAAGGAAGAAACCAUUAUUAUGGCUGGUAAAUUAGCAGAAGCAGAAGAAAGUAUAAAGUAUCUGGAAGAUGCAUUGUCAGCUUCGGAGAACCACAUAUCUCAAAUUGCUGAAGAGAAGCAGGAAAUAGAAGUUGCUAAGGAAAAUAUUGAGCAGGACUUGAAAAAGGCAAAAGAAGAAGCUCAUGCCCAGACUAGCAACUUUAAUGAGGCUUGUGCAACUAGAAAGUCCCUUGAAGAUGCAUUGUCUCUGGCAGAAAAUAACAUUUCUUUAUUUGUUAAAGAGAAAGAAGAGGCUCAAUUGAGCAGAGCUGCCACAGAGACGGAACUAGAGAAAGUGAGAGAGGAAGCUGCUGUUCAAACUGAGAAGCUGACUGAGGCUUAUAGAACUAUAAAGUCUCUUGAAGCUGCACUCUCUCAAGCAGAGGUCAAUGGUUCUUUGCUUUCUGAACAAAACAAUCAUUUCCAGGUUGAAAGAACUGAUUUGGAGAAUGAACUAAAGAAGCUAAAAGAAGAAGCCGAGUCACAUGCUAGUAGGCUGGAAGAUACCACAACAACUAUGAAACAACUGGAAGAGGCUAAACUGAGCAGAGCUGCUAUGGAGACCGAGCUAGAGAAAGCCAGAGAGGAAGUUGCUGGUCAAACUGAGAAGCUGACAGAGGCUUAUAGAACUAUAAAGUCUCUUGAAGUUGCACUCUCUCAGGCAGAAGCUAAUAUUACUUUGCUUUCUGAACAAAACAGUCUUUUCCAGGUUGGAAGAACUGAUUUGGAGAAUGAACUAAAGAAGCUAAAAGAAGAAGCUGAAUCACUGGCUUGUAGGUUGGCAGAUACCUCUAUAACUAUAAAACAACUGGAAGAUGCUCAACUGGGCAGAGCUGCUACAGAGACCGAACUAGAGAAAGUGAGAGAGGAAAUUGCUUUUCUAACUGAGAAGCUGACAGAGGCUUAUAGCACUAUUAAGUCUCUUGAAGAUGCACUUUCUCAGGCCGAGGCAAAUAUAUCUUUGCUUUCUGAAGAAAACAAUCAUUUCCAGGUUGGAAGAAUCGAUCUGGAGAGUGAACUAGAGAAGCUAAAAGAAAAAGCUACUUCACAGGCUAGUAGGUUGGCAGAUACUUCUGCAACCAUAAAGUCACUGGAAGAUGCUUUGUCAAAGGCAGGAAACAUUAUUUCCGGGCUUGAAGGUGAAAAGAGAAUUGCUGAGCAGGAAAUUUCUGCACUUAAUUCCAGGUUGAGGGCAUACAUGGACGAACUACCUGGAACAAAUGGUAGCUUAGAGAACAGGUCCGCAGAGCUCAUUCAUCACCUUGGUGACAUUCAAAUGCUUGUGAGAAAUGAGAGAUUGUUAUCCAUGGCCAGACAACAUUUUGAGGAGGAAUUUGAAAAACUUAGAAACAUGGAUCUCAUUCUCAGAGACAUAAAGGGCCAUCUUGUUAAUAAAAGUUCAGAAGUCCUGCCAAGUCACCCUAUCAUGGAGGAAGAUUUGCAUCUAAUAAAACCUUUCCCUCAUGACCUUGGAAAUAUCAUAGACACAGAAAUGGAUGAUAGCAAUUUGAAUGCUGCAGAUGUUGAUAGUAUUUCCAAACUUCUUAAGAAAACCGUUGAGGAGUUCCAGUUGCGAAAUUCAAAUCUUGUAGGCAAUUUUGAUGGUUUCUUUACAUUCAUAACUGAGCUUAUUGAUGCUCUUUUAGUAAAACUAAGGGUAACCAAGGAUGCAGUAGCCAAUAUCUUUGAGCAUAUGGAGUUUGUGAAGCAGAAAAUGAUGAAUAUGGAAAUGGAUAAAGGGGAACAAGAUAAAACAAUUGCCAUGUUAGAAAAGGAUUGUAGAGUUUUAUUAUCUGCUUGUGCUAAUGCCACAAGCAGAUUGCAGUUUGAAGUUAAGAACAAUCUUCUGGACCUGUGCUCUAUUCCUGAGCUUGAAAAGUUGAAAAAUAGUAUGAUUCCAGAAGUAACUGAACUUGAUAGUGAUGAGAUGGAGCAUGGCAGCAGAUAUGAAAACAUGGCCGAAAUCUUGUUAUUGGCUGCAAGAAAAGUUCAUACUCUAACCAAACUAUUUGAGAGCACAAGCAACGUGGCAGCUUCCACAAUUGAAGACUUGCAGAAGAAAUUGAGAGAAAGCAGAGCAGCUUAUGAAAGUACCAUAGAAGAAAGGGAUAUGAUUCAGAAGAGGGUUUCUAAGUUGGAGACAGAUGUAGAUAUCUUACAAAAUUCUUGCAAAGAGCUGAGGCUCAAAACAGAAGAUUAUCAAGUCAUAGAGGAGAAGUUGAAGGAAACAGAAGCAGAGCUUCUACAUAACAAUUUGUCAAUGAAAGAACAAGAAGCAGAACAUGUUCUCAUGUCGCCAUCUGAACUGAAAACCCUUUAUGAUAAGAUAAGGAAGGUUGAAAUUCCUAAUGUAGAGUCAGAAGUUGGAGAUUUGGAGUCCCAUAAUUUGGUGGAUGUACAGAAACUGUUUUACAUCAUUGAUAGUGCAUCUGAGUUGCACCAUCAAAUGAAUACAUUAUCCCAUGACAAAGACAAGCUACAAUCAACCCUGGCAAUGCAGGUUCUUGAAAUUGAACAUUUAAAGGAGGAAAUUGAAACCCUCAUUAGAAAUAACCAAGAAUCUGAAAAGGCAAAGACUGAAAUUGCUGAGGUAACAUUAGUUUUGGAUAAAAUUAUCAGUAUGUUGGGAGGUAGUGAAAUUGUUGGAGACCAAAAAUCUGCUAGCGCACAGAGACUUUUGCCACUAGUAGAAAAACAGAUCACAGCCUUGAUUUGGGAAGCCAAAAAUUCAAAAUCCGAAGCUCAAGAACUUGGUGCAAGGUUGCUUGGGAGCCAGAAGGUUAUAGAUGAAUUGUCAACCAAGGUUAAACUGCUUGAAGAUUCAUUUGAAAGUAAAACUGUUGCACCAGAGAUUGUUCAGGAAAGGAGAAUCUUUGAAGCACCUUCAUUACCUACUGGUUCAGAGAUAUCUGAAAUUGAAGAUGUGGGUCCAGUUGGAAAGAAUACAAUAUCUCCUGUUGCCUCUGCUGCUCAAUUGCGGACUAUGCGGAAAGGGUCAACUGACCAUCUUGUUCUCAAUGUGGAUUCAGAAUCUGCUAGUCUGAUCAACAAUGAAGAAACUGACGAGGAUAAAGGUCAUGUGUUCAAGUCUCUCAACACAUCAGGUCUCAUUCCCAAGCAAGGGAAGUCACUUGCAGAUCGGAUUGAUGGAAUAUGGGUUUCUGGUGGUCGAAUUCUAAUGAGUCGUCCCAGAGCGAGGUUGGGGCUUAUUGCCUAUUGUUUGGUCUUGCAUCUAUGGCUAUUGGGAUCCAUUUUGUAACAGAGCGGGAUCAUUACAUUUCUAAGCACACUUGCAGCAGUUCUUGUCAGCAUUAGCAACUUGUAUCAUAGAUAAAUUUUCUCCAUUCAUUUCUUCUUCCUUUCCCGGGCAAAUAUGUUGUUUAUAUGCAUAUUCUUAUCCUUGUUAAUUCUCUGCAAUCAUAUUUUAGGGUUCAGAGAAUUGAAGCCUCUAUACUAGUGGAAAAUAAUACGCAUUCCCCCUUUUUCUUAGUCAGAACUACUGGAAAACUGAGAUAAUUUCAUGUAUGGUAGAUCAGAAUCAAGUCAAUUACUUUUUAUCUGUGCAA